AUGCGAGCUAUACAGGAUGGCUCCUCAGCCGCAAAUCCAAUCAUGCCUGAAAAGUCAAUGGGUAGAGGCCAGACGGAGAUCAGUCUCACAAGACCAGUUGCUUGGACACUUCCUGGCUUCCCUUUUCUAUCCAUACUCGCCCUUGGAGAGGUCACUCCAGCAAAUAAACACGGUGAGAAGCAGUUUACCGGUCAAAAAAACCCGCUAGAUGGACGUAAAAGCGGGGUACCUGGGGCUUCCUCUCGACAGUGGGAGAAGUCUUCGCACUUCAUUGGACAGCUACCGCCCGCCCAAGCUGGGNCCCUUUUCUAUCCAUACUCGCCCUUGGAGAUGUCACUCCAGCAAAUAAACACGGUUGCUCAAGAAAUGCACGAUGAGGCAUUGCAGUGCUUUAAACGAGCUUUUCCCAACUGCCCCGUUCAGUUGAACGUUUUUCGCGAAGAUGACCAACGUUGUUCCGGCAAUAUUGCCACGUUUUUGUUCAUUGUGCACAUGUCCAAUGAUUGUCGAUUGGCAGUUUCCGCCAUCAGCAAUCCACGUGGUCCGCAUCAUCGUCAACUCGUUUCGGAGGCCGUGAAUACACUAUCCGGGCUUGUUCGUGUUGGAGCGUGUUGUGAUGAUAACAUGCAAGAUCAGGUUAGUGACUAA